GGUCGGUUGUGAUUCAGCUCUCUUAAGCCGCAGCAGUGGUUGUUGAUGCAGCGGUCAGAAGUCAACCAACCAGUCUGCUAGGAAGGAAGGAGCGGCUAGCAGGUUGACAUGCAGUUUUUGGGCAGGCUGCUGGACACAGUCUCCUCUGUGUCAACUCUCUUCACAAACCCGUACCGGGUCAGAGAUGUGCCCCUGUCUGACUAUACAGGAGGAGGACGAGUCAAGAUGAAGGAGGAAGGGCGCAUAGUUCUGUUCAAGAGCACGCAGAGUCAGUCAUGGGACUGUCUACUUAUGUGUCCUGAAACACCCACUGUGGCCCUGAGACUUUUCCAGGUAUCUUCAGAGGAAGAUGCUAAGAACUGGUUCCCACAGUACGCCCUGAAACUUCGGCCUUUCUACGAGAUCCUUCCUCUGAAGGCUGAGACGGUUCAGACCAUUGUGGACUGCAUCCGCUCCCACCCGGACUGGAGCUCCGCCCACAUCGCAGUGGACACUGGUCUGCGAGAGUGUCUCAAACAUAACCAUGUGCAGAGUCAAAUCAACACUCGGGAUGCUUCCGGUCAAACGCCGCUGCACCUGGCGUGCGAGCGAGGCGACUUGGCCUGCGUGAAAGAACUGUUGGAGGAAAGCCAAGCCCGCACAGACAUCAAAGACCACAACGGCGAGACGCCCAUGCACAGCGCUUCCAAGCAGAACUCUCCUGUCAUCAUUCAGGCCCUGUGCUCACACCUGUGCUCAGGGGUCAAUGAGCUGAACAACAACGGGGAGACCCCGCUCCAUGUGGCCUGUCGUUUGGGACGGGUGGAGGCAGUCAAAGCCCUUUUGGGGGGCGGAGCCAAGUGUGACGUCACUGGGAGCAAAGGCUAUCCCAUCCACACUGCGAUGAAGUUUAAUGAGAAGAGCUGUGCGGAGGAGAUCCUUAAAGCCGACCCGAGCCAGCUCCAAGCUCGUGAUGCUGUUUAUGGAGGAACGCCGCUCCACUGGACUAAGACAGCAGAGUUGGGCCGGAUGCUGCUGGAGUGUGGCUGUGAUGUGAACUACCUGAGUGGGACAGGAGAGAGCGCUCUUCACAUUUUGACCAAGAAGGGACGUUUCGAGGCGGCCAUGGUGCUGCUCACUCAUGGGGCAAAUGCAAACCUGAAAGGUCAGGAGGGGAACACAGCUCUGCAUCUGGCCAUGAAGAUGGAUCACAUGGAUUUGAUCAAAGCUCUAAUCGUGUUUGGAGCGGAUGUAGAGAUUUACAACGACCUGGGAGAAACGCCAGGACUUAUUGCUGCACGCACCAGCAAAGGUCCCAAUAGAAAGAUACUGCUGGACCUGCUGUGUAGUGUAGGGGUGCAGCGUUGCCACCCUCCCUCCCCCAGCAGUCCUCCUCCCAUCACCAACAGGAACAAGCCAAAAGGCAUAGGGUUUGAGGACAUUCUUUAUGUGGGCGCUGCCAUGGGGGCGAUGGGCAGAGGCCUCACAGAAAUCGAUGGGCCCAGAAGCAAGAAAAGGAAAAUGGACCGGCUACUGUGUCUGGAUGGUGGGGGGAUUAAAGGGCUGGUUCUGAUCCAGAUGUUAAUCGCUCUGGAGAAGGAAGCAGGCAGACCCACUAGAGAGCUCUUUGACUGGGUAGCUGGGACGAGCACAGGGGGGAUUCUUGCCCUGGCCAUAGUCCAUGGGAAGUCCAUGGAGUACUUGCGCUGCCUUUAUUUUAGGAUGAAGGAGCGUGUCUUUAAAGGGUCACGGCCGUACGAAUCCGCCCCUCUGGAGGACUUCCUGAAAACGGAAUUUGGAGAAAACACCAAAAUGACUGACGUGAGAUUCCCAAGAGUGAUGGUAACCAGCGUUCUGGCCGACAGACAUCCAGGCGAGCUGCAUAUAUUUAGGAACUACGAUCCUCCAUCCAUCCAGAAAGAACCUUCAUAUGCCACCACUGCCAACUUUAAACCUCUUACUAUCCCGCAAGGAUGGGAGGAUGAGGAUGUGUUGAUAGUAGGAUACACAGAGGAACCGCCCAAAAAGCGUAGGAAGGUGACAGAUGAAGAACAACUUGUAUGGAGAGCGGCCCGCUCCAGUGGUGCGGCCCCCACCUACUUCCGACCAAUGGGCCGCUUUUUGGACGGAGGGCUGCUGGCCAACAAUCCAACACUAGACGCCAUGACAGAAAUCCAUCAGUAUAACAAAGCCUUAAAAGCUCAGGGUCACGAAGGGGACGUGAAGAAGCUCGGGAUAGUAGUGUCUCUUGGUACAGGAAAACCCCCCCAGGUGGUUGUGAACUCUGUGGAUGUCUUCCGGCCCUCCAACCCACUGGAGCUGGCCAAGAGUUUUGUAGGAGCGAAGGAGCUUGGCAAAAUGCUGGUGGACUGUUGUACGGACUCUGACGGCUGUGCGGUGGACCGGGCCUCAGCCUGGUGUGAGAUGAUCGACACGCUCUACCACAGACUGAGUCCUCAGCUCUCUCAAGAGGUGAUGUUGGACGAGGUGAGCGACGCCGUCCUGGUGGACAUGCUGUGGGAAACCCAGAUGUACCUGUUUGAAAAAAGGGAAACCAUCCAGUCUCUGGCAAAAUGGCUGCAGAGCAACUGAACCCACAAGAAAAUGGAACAAACUGCAGACUGAACUUCAAAGCCAACAGCUAACCGUACAGGGGUGUGCAUCAAA